AUGAAAAUUAAAGGUACGUGCUCACUUCAACCGCUAAAUUGUGAUGAGGAGGCAGCACUGAAUACGCUGACAUCCCAUGUAAAUGCACGAGUUGCUGCUUUGAAUCUGCAGAUUGAACAAAUGGAUAAAGAAUCACUCAUCUCAACACUCAUCCCGUACUCCAUAUCACGCUCCAAUCAGUUACAUCUUGGCCAUUACGAGGAUGCGCGAGUGGUUCUGCUGGGAUUAGAAGGAGCCGGAAAAACCACUCUUCUUCGAGCUCUUAUGAAAGCUCCUCAUGUUCCUGACAUUUCGCCAACGAAUGGGUACUGUUUAUAG